AUGUCAUUCUCAACAGCAUGGUUUUUUCAAAUUAUUUUAUUUCUCUACGAAUAUCUCGCAUGGCAAGUAGAAAUAAAAAAUUAUACAACGCAUGGUCAUCAUCGUGAUUUAUUUGGACAAAAUGCUUAUUUUUUAAUUGUUCAAAUAAAUUCAUUGCCACAUUUAGCGGCUGCUUACGUUUAUUAUCAUCGAAUUAAAUGGGCAAUGAUACUUUAUAUGCCAUAUUUAAUGAUUUUUACUACGGGACAAAUAUUUACAUGGUGGUUACCGUAUUUUUUUGAAAAAGGUCUCUGGUAUACGGAUGAAAAUGGUAAAAAACUGGCGCAAUAUAAACAAUAUCAUGCAAAUCAUCAUCGAAUUUUACCGCGUUUUAAAGAUCAUGCUAUUAUUCCUGAUACGGAGCAUACAAUUUUAUUUGUAUUGACAUGCAUUACACUUCUGUUAACAAUUCGAACAACAAUAAAAGUAAUGAAAAAUAAAGCAGUAAAAUUCAAAAUAAAAUAA